GCCACGCAACGUCUCCUCCGUCGCCCGGUGUCUCCCUCAAACCAAACUUCUCUCCUCACCGCUCCUCCUCCGUCUCUCCCACCCUUCAUCCUCUUCGCGCCCUUUUGUCUGAUCUUCAUGAUUUCAAGAAGCACUGCUGCAUUCCGCGUUUCCUCUGAAGCAGGAAACGAAAACACCUCUAUUCUCUGCAAUCUGGUCUGCAAUUCCCCUGAAUUCUUUGGAUCUUCGGGCGUUUUCCUUCAUCCAUUUGGUUUUCGGGGAGUUGAGGAGCGGAAUCCUUUAGCACGAAAUGGUUUCAGCCCAUCUGCUUCCUGUUGGACCACCAGAUGCCAUAGUAUUGGGGAGUGCUGAUUUAGGGUUCUCUGAGGUAUUUGGUCCUGUCUGUGAGGAUGUUGUGGUGGUGGUGCCCGAGAAAAAACCGGUGUGUGAACAUGUAGAGGGAGAUGGUGAGGGGAAAGUUGAGAAAUGUUGUUCUGAGGAUGUUGUUGCCAGUGAAUCUAUUGUUCAGGCCUGCAUUGUUUCGUCGAAAGAAGUUGGGCUCGGGGAGUUUGAAGUCUUGAAAGUUGUGGGCGAAGGCGCGUUUGGGAGAGUCUUUCAGGUGCAGAAGAUUGACACCUCAGAGAUCUUUGCAAUGAAAGUUAUGAGGAAGGAUAAGAUCUUGAAGAAAAACCAUGCUGAGUAUAUGAUAGCUGAGAGGGCUAUUCUGACAAAAAUAGAUCACCCGUUCAUCGUGCAGCUCAGAUAUUCCUUCCAAACCAAAUAUAGACUCUACCUUGUUUUGGACUUUGUCAAUGGGGGACACCUUUUCUUUCAACUCCACCAUCAAGGCUUAUUCAGGGAGGAUUUAGCCCUAAUAUACACAGCUGAGAUUGUUUCCGCGGUUUCUUACCUCCAUGAGAAAGGGAUAAUGCACAGAGAUCUCAAACCGGAAAAUGUACUGUUGGAUGCAGAAGGACAUGUUGUAUUGGCUGAUUUUGGCCUGGCAAAGCAAUUCGAUGAGACCACGCGAUCCAACUCCAUGUGUGGAACAUUGGAGUAUAUGGCACCAGAAAUCGUUCUCGGGAAGGGCCACAACAAGGCUGCUGAUUGGUGGAGUGUAGGAGUUCUUCUGUUUGAGAUGCUUACUGGAAAGUCUCCAUUUUAUGGUGGAAACAGACAUAAAGUUCAGCAGAAGAUUGUAAAAGACAAGAUCAAACUCCCAGGAUAUUUAUCAAGGGAAGCACAUUCACUGUUGAAAGGGAAUUAUGUUAUUCUGCAGCUGCUGCAGAAGGACCCGAGCAAGCGCCUUGGGAGUGGAGCGGGAGGGGGCGGGGAAAUAAAAGGGCACAAGUGGUUCAGGUUUAUCAACUGGAAGAAGCUGGAAGCGCGCGAAAUCCAGCCAAGUUUUCGCCCCGAGGUUGCAGGGAAACGCUGCACUGCGAAUUUCGAUGAGCGGUGGACGAGCAUGGCUCUGUUGGUGGAUUCUCCUGUUGCUAGUCCAACAAAAACUGGUGGUGAAACUGAAAAUCCCUCCAGGGAUUUCACUUAUCAUGAUUCUGACAACAUUAUUUCCCCUGCUUUAAUAUAACAAGAAAUGUUUUCUAUGGAUAUAAAUGAUUGGAACAUAAAAGAAAAGUAUAUAUUAGCAUUAGCAUCAUUAGCAUUCAUGUUUCUGCUUGAUCAAGAAUUACAGGUAAUUUUCAUCUGAAAUCACUCUGGGGUGCGUUCGUUCGAGUCUCUAGACCUGUCCUCGGACGAGGGUCGAGUGUCUUCGUCCGGCUGCCGGAUGUCCUCGAUCAUCCUAACCACUUCUUCCAUGGUAGGCCGAGCAUCCUGCACCUUUGCCACACACGACAGAGCGAUCUGAAGCAUCUGCACCAUCUCUUCUUCUAUGUUCUGAUACUUAAUCAGCUCCACAUCGAAAACCUCAGCUGUCCACUCCUCCCGGACCACUGACCGCACCCACCUAGGCAAAUCAACAACGUCGUCAUGCCCCGUUGGCAGAGGGGAUUUGCCAGUGAGCAUCUCGAGAAGCAGCACCCCGAAACUGUACACAUCAGACUUCUGUGUGACUUUUCGCGUCUCAAUCACUUCAGGAGCCCGGUAGCCUGCACCCCUGUAUUUGAUCGCGAUGUAGUUCAUCAGAGGGCUCAAGCCAAAGUCCGAAACACAACCUUCGAGGCUCGUUGUAAGAAGUACAUUCGAGGAUUUUAUGUUGCCAUGAGUAAAUCUAACGCCACCUUCAGAGUGGAUAUGUGCUAUUCCCUUCGCUGCUCCUAGCGAGAUCUUCAAUCUCGAAUCCCAGUCUAGCGGGCUUCGAUCAACACCUCUGUUGCCUGUUAUAGUAAUAUCAAACCACACAAGAAUGAACACAGAAGAGACAUUAAUUGCCA